AUCAGUAUCUCUGCGCCAACAACUUAUCGCAUACGCGUGCCACCUUUCGCAUGGAAGCAUCCUCCCUCUUCGCCGGUUCCUCAUUCAAUCAGCCUUCAUUAAAUUUAGAGCGUAUACUCGAUGAAUAUAUAUUUUUGAAGAGAAAAAACCUAAUCUUGAAUCAAGAAAGGGUUGCAGUCAUGCAAGAAAAGUACAGAGUUGAGAAAUUGGUGCAGGAAGUGCAAAAUGUCGUCGAUGCUUAUCGUUCCUUUCAGAGGCUAAUCCCCAUAAAUAUUCCUGUUACGAAUAAAACCCCUUCAGGCGUGUGUAGUUGUAGCACCUCCUCUGUUCAGAACACAAACACAUACAACAAAAUACACAUGCAGCAGUCUAACAAGAGAAAAAAUAGUGAAGCAAUAGAUGCGCCCACAAUUGCAAGAAAACCUCGUGGUAGACCACCUGGGAAGAAAAAUCAAGUUAAAGGUCUAAACGUGCUCCCACCAUUAGGAACUCAAUCUUUAAUUGUGAAUUCCACAGCUACAGGAUCACAAGUUCCCACCACCUCAUCAAUUAUAGAAGGAGCAUUCACAGUUGGAUCUAUCACACAUUAAGUUAUCAGAUUUAGAUAUGGAGUACUGGUCAAACUUCUCUUUAAAAGACACAGGCAUCUUUGCUGAAGAUUAUUUUGAUCGUUCAGAUUUAACUCAUGUUGAUGCAUGAAGUUAUUUUGUUUAGACAUCUGACACAAAAGGGGACCUGCAGUUUUAGUUUAUUAGCUUUUGGUUAUUAGACAAGGCCAAAAUGAUUUAUC